UUGUUUUAUCGUUUAGUACUAAGUCGUCAUACGAUAAACUAAGAAGCAAAAUAUAAGGAACUUUUUUUUUCAAUCAACAUUUACAAAAUGUUAUUUAUUCGAGAAUUAUUAAUUUUAAUUGUAACAAUGGGAUUCUUUGUACAGAAUUUAACUGCAAAUGAUGGUAAAUUUGAAAAUUCAACUAAUAUUGAAGCUGAGUGUGCGGAGAACGGAAGAAUUUGCCAUGACCAUAAUCAAUGCUGUUCGAAAUUCUGUGAGAUCGUCGACGGAAUUCAAAUUUGCGGAUCAUCUUCGGACUCAAUUUUAGAAUUAGAGCCAUCUAGAGAGACUAGAAGCGUCACACUAACUGAAUAUUGUACUCUGGAUCAUGAACUAACUCUAAAUUGCAUGGACUGUUGCUCAAAAUAUUGCCGCUAUAUAGAUGUAAGGUCCUACAUCCUGACAUUUUGCUCCCCUCAUCCAUACGCUGAAGAUGAAACGCAACCUUCUCAAGCAACUGAUGAUCCUGAGAGUUUUUGGGGCCGUUCUUAAAAUACAUCACCCAAAAUUUUACCUUUGUAGACCCCCCUCCCCAUUAUGACGGACAUAUGCAUGGCAAUAUUUAUAUAUUUACAACUAUGAAAUUUUGAUGAUAAAAAUAAAAAAAUUGUUAUUAUAUUUA